UUACUCCUUUCUCACCACGUCCUCCUUUUCUCACUAUUUUCUCUUUCUUCCUUUCCCUCGUAAGUGUUCUGAACGAAAGCCAAAGAGACAAAAACAAAUUUACUUGAAAAGCAAAGUCUUUCUCUCAUUCAAAUCUUUCAACAAUCGCAUUUUGUUUUUGUUCUUUUUUUCCCUGAUGUCUGUGUCUUUUGAUCUGUAAAAAUCCUUAAGGAGAAGAAGAAUCUUUGAUUGUCCGCUUUCUUUGCUUUCUUUGAUGAAUUCAAGGCAAUAAGCUGAGGACUUGCCACUAAAGCAAACCAUGCUCAUUGCUUUCUUUCAUCAUCUUUUUUCGCUCCCUCUACUUGUCAUGUUUAAAACUUUCCAUCGUUUUAAAAAUCAAAACAAAGAUCCUCAAAUCUUUAUUCUUUGCUCAAAAUUCCUAUGAGAUCCUCUGCCAUUAUUUCUAGUAUAUUUGGUUUGCAAAUACUUUAAAGUCUUUACAUUGGGUCAUCAAGUUUGAGAUUUUGAGGCGAAAUUCUUGCGAGAAUCAUAUAUAUAUAACUUACAAUGUCAUGGCAACCACACCAAAACGUGGAGGGGAAAGGUAAAAGGGUGUGUAAGAUUAGGAAACGAGGUUGCUCAUCAUCUUCAUCGUCAUCGUUGAUCCAAAAAUACAGAUUCAAGCGUGCAAUUUUGGUGCAAAAAAGAGCUGGAUCAACCACCCCUGUUCCUACAUGGAUAACGGCUACAACCAAGUCACCGUCUUUAGCAAUCCCAAGUGUUGAAUUUCCCUCCAAAGGUUCACCAAAGAAUGUUUCUAAAACCAAAGAAGGCUCAGUUUCCGCUAGAAAACUUGCCGCCACUUUGUGGGAGAGUAAUAAAAUCCCUUCCCCACAAGCUAUGGAAGAUUUGGAGAAGAAAGAUAGGAGGAGAAAACCGCCCAUAGUUGCCAAAAUGCCUCAUAGUUUGCCGCCCAGUUUGUCUGAUCCCUCUUAUACUCCUAUUUCAGAGAAAAUGGACCGACCCAGAAUCAAAGCUCAUAAGAGAAGAUCUUCAGUUGUUUCUCCAAAGCUUCAAUUAACUGAUUUGGACUCUGUUGGCAAUGCCAGUCUAAUGGAGAUUGAAGCUCAUUCUAGAGGUAAUGAUCAUGACGGAUGCAUAACUGGGAUCGGAACUCGUUUAAAGGAUGUUCGAAAUAGCCUUGCCACUUCGAAAGAACUCUUGAAAGUUUUGAAUCAUGUAUGCGGACUCGAAGAGCGAAAUUCAUCCAGCAUGUCCCUUAUAUCUGCCCUACGUGUUGAACUUGAUCGAGCUCGCGUCGAAGUUGAUCAGUUGAUCCGUGAGCGUCGAUCUAAUUUUGAUGAAACAGAGUACCUAAUGAGGUGUUUUGCAGAAGAAAAAGCAGCCUGGAAGAGAAAGGAGCGCGAGAGAAUCCGUGAUGCCAUAGCAUGCGUAGCGGAAGAGCUCGAGGUGGAGAAGAAACUCCGGAGGCAAACAGAGAGAUUGAACAAGAAGCUCGGAAAAGAAUUGGCAGAUACAAAUGCAUCUCUGUCAAAGGCAACGAAAGAGCUCAAGAGUGAGAAGAGGGCAAAGGAAAUAUUGGAGCAAGUCUGUGAUGAGUUAGCUAAAGGUAUGGGAGAAGAUCGAGCCACAGCUGAAGAACUCAAAAGAGAGACAGCUAAAGUGAGGGAAGAAGUGGAGAAGGAACGGGAAAUGCUUCAUUUUGCCGAUGUUUUACGAGAGGAACGAGUUCAGAUGAAGCUUUCGGAGGCUAAACAUCAUUUCGAGGAGAAGAAUGCUGUUGUCGAGAAGUUGAGAAAUGAACUCGAGACAUACCUAGGAACCAAAAUCGAUGGAGAAAACGGAAAUGGUUCCCCGAAUCUGCAGAGGAUAAAAGAGCUCGAAGCUUAUUUGAAGAAUAUCAAUUUUGGGAACUGUCAAGCAGCCAAGAAAGAUGUGGAUAAAGGUGAAGUUAUGGUGAAUGGAGAAGAGUGUGAAGCUGAUGAUUCAGCUGAUAGUGAUCUUCACUCCAUUGAAUUAAACAUGGACAACAAUGACAAGAGCUACAACUGGAGUUAUGCUAGCGGAAAUCGUGUUGAAGGUGAAUCAAAGAGGAUUCCUACCAUCAGAAAAGAAAAUAAGGGUACGAAAUCUCGAUCAGAAAAACUUUCAUGGGGAAGUAUUUGCUUAGAAAGAGGAAGUUCAGACUCUGCAGACUGGGAUUAUGAAGAUGAAAUAAAAAGAUAUAAAUCAGUGAAGAGUCUUAGAGAUCACAUAUUAUCUAGCAACAAAAUAGCACCCAUUGGAGGCUUUUCGAGUCCGACCCGGCAAUGGAGCCAAUCCAUGCAUUUCCAGGAGCCUUGCAGCAAUGGUUUACCGGUGUUGAAGGUUGAUGAUUUGAAGCAACCUAAGGUAGUAAGCACCCGAGGUGAAGGCCGAACUUCAAUUAGCUAAGAAAAGAGGCAGCUUUGUUAUUAUUAUGCUUUGUUAACUACUUUGUUUAUGUUCAUCAAUUGCCAAGCUUCCAGAAAACCAGACUGUAGAUAGACUUUUAAGACUCUAUGAAUUUGAUAUAAUUUAUGGAUACAAAUUAGUGCUA